AUGGAAUCCUCGGCGGUGCCCUCUUCUCCCUCUGUUUUGAAUUCCAUGGUGACCCCAGAAGAGUUCAAGAUUUUUCACACCAUUGACAGAACCCUCUAUACUAGACUUAUUGUCAAUCUUGAUCGCGACCCCGCAGAGUCCAUGCAAGUUAUGGCCUUAUGGAUUUGGCUUGAAAAGGAGGCACGUGAUAAUUUAGUGGACAAAAUGUUGUCAUUGCCUGAUGCCGUAAUCAAUUCUCUAGCAGAUGAGGCUGUUCUUUGCUUGAAUUGCAUAAAGACCGACCGGUUCCACUUCUCUCCAGAAAGUAUGAACGAUGAGGUUCCUUUGACCCAACAGUUGACAAAAACUGGCCUCUCCCUUCGUUUUUUCCAUGACAAUCGACUUGGUAUUCUUCGCGCGCUCACAAAGAUCAUCGACGAAGUUUGCGCAAGAGCUUUCGAAGAUAUUUCGCGACAAGUCAUCGAAAAAAAGGCUGCUGGAAAAGGAAAUAAUAUUGUUGCUGAAAAUGUUAGUGGUCAAGAAGGGAACCCUUUGAAUUAUUAUGGUCCAGCGAUUAAUCCUGUGCUGUGUUAUAAUUCUGCUGCUGCUGGUGUUUAUGGUCUGGGGAUCAGUACUCCCCACUUCAUGGCGCCUAAUAUUGGAAUUUUGCCUGCUUAUGAUCCUUACGAUCUUUCAGUUCAGAGGCAGAUUACGAGUACUGAAAAUAUUGCUGGAGCACUGAAUCGUAUAAAGAUUAGUAAUGGUGAUCACCAGGGAGAGAAGGACGUGUAUUCUGAUAAUAGGACUAUUUUCUUGACGUUCUCUAAAGGGUACCCUAUUUCAGAAGAUGAAAUCAGAGACUUUUUCACCAAGAAGCAUGGAGAUUGCAUUGAGGCAAUUUAUAUGCAAGAAGUCUCGGCAGAGGAGCAGCCACUGUAUGCACGCCUUGUUGUAACCUCUGCUGCCGUCAUUCACAGCGUUCUUCAGGGACACAGCAAGGCAAAGUUCACCAUUAAUGGAAAACAUGUUUGGGCCAGGAAAUAUGUCCCCAAGAAUCCUAAGUCGUCGUCUCCACCAAAGUCACCAACAUCACCACAGCCGACCUCACCCGCCGCUGAACCAUCAUGCGUGAACUGA